AACAAUAAUGAUAAUUGGUGUCGUUUAUGCGGAGAAUGAAGAACAGAAGAAGAUAAAAAUAGCAAAAGAAAGAGAAAGAGAAUGAAAGAAGCAGAGAGUAAAGAAAGAAGAGAGACAGAGAUAGAGAAACCGAAACAGAGAGACAGACAGACAGAGAGACAGACACACAUACACACAUAGACAGAUAGAUAGAUAGAUAGAUAGAUAGAGAAACUGAUCCAUCAAUCAUAAUUCAAUCAAACGAUGGUCGUCAUUCAAGACAAGUUGUUGUUGUUUAAGGUUCUUUGUUGUUGGUUCUGACUUUAAUUUUAUUCUUCUUCUUCUUCUUCUUCAUCGACUUUCAAGAGCCCAAUAUAUGUCUUAGAUUUUUCCUUUUUGAGGGAAGUUGCAGGGUUGAGAAUUUGAGAUGGAUUUUACAGAGUCCACAAAGGUUGUAUACAACAGAAUUCAGAAGCUGGAGCCUGAAAAUGUCUCUAAAAUUAUUGGGUAUCUUCUGUUACAAGACCAUAGUGAACGGGAGAUGAUCCGCUUAGCAUUUAGCCCGGAUAAUUUGAUUUAUUCAUUGAUUACCAAAGCCAAAUCUGAUCUUGGGCUAAACAAACCAGCACUUUCUGCUCCAAUCUCACCCUCUCAGGUGAAUACAUCACCUGUUUCAGACAUUCCUUUACAAUUCACUCCCUUUUCACCAGCCUCAGCACAUCCAAUUUCCUCUCCAGCAGCUUCGCGUAGGACCGCAAGUGCUUACUGGGAUGCACAAGUGACUGGUGAUCAGCAGCAGGUACCUAAUUUGGACUUCGGUUCACCAGGGUACUCAGAUACGGUGCCUGAAGAUUAUCGCCUUCAAAACCAUAUGCAGUUCUUGACUUUGGAUGACCAGUUCGAGUUUGCUCAUUCUGUGAAUUCUGAUUUUUCCAGCAAUUAUUUUUUCUCUGAACCUGCUUUAGGUCCUAGAACUAAUAGAAGGUCUCCAAGCUUGCCUGAGUUUCCUCUUAAGAUUUGUCAUUAUUUCAGCAAGGGGUAUUGUAAGCACGGAAACAACUGUAGGUAUGUCCAUGGACAUCCAAUGCCAGAAGGCUUUUCGCAGAUUUUCAGCACAAAGUCAAAUGAUUUUUCAAAUGAUGAACAUGUUGUCUCACCUGGGUCUCUUGAAAAGCUUGAAAUGGAGCUUGCUGAGCUUUUGAAAUCGAGGCGAGGUAUGCCUGUUUCGAUCGCCUCAUUGCCAAUGAUGUAUUAUGAGAAAUAUGGGAAGACCCUUCAGGCUGAAGGGUAUCUUACUGAGAGCCAGAGACAUGGUAAGGCUGGUUAUAGUCUGACAAAGCUUUUAGCUCGAUUGAAGAACAGCAUUCGGGUGAUUGACAGGUGCAAAAUACCUCACGGGCAGCAUUCAGUGAUUCUGGAGGAAGAUGUUCCAAAGUAUUUGGAGUAUGUUGGCGAGAGAAAUGAUCCUGGUGGAAUUGUUGCUGGUUCUAGACAGAUCUAUCUUACCUUUCCAGCUGAAAGUAUCUUUACUGAGCAUGAUGUUUCAAUAUACUUCAGCAAAUUUGGACCUGUUCAAGAUGUUAGAAUUCCCUGCCAACAGAAGAGGAUGUUUGGAUUUGUCACUUUCAUUUUUGUGGAGACUGUCAAGCAAAUCUUGGCAAAGGGGAAUCCGCAUUAUGUAUGUGGGGCUCGCGUUCUGGUGAAACCUUACAGAGAGAAGUCAAGGCUUAUCGAUAGGAAGUUUUCAGAAAAAUUACAGCAUCCAAUGUAUAACAGCUCGCAUUUUAUUGAUGGAGACUCCGAGCUUCAUCCAAUGCCAACUAUUAGUGAUAACUCAAGAUUACUCAGGAAGCAGCUAAUGGAGGAAAAUGAGCAUGCACUUGAAUUCGAGAGAAGGCGUCUUUUAGAAUUUCACUUAGGACCCAAAUCGCUUAACCAUCAAUCUUAUCUUGGCUGCUCAAUGGAUGAGUUGAAACUCUCAGAAGAACAUGCAGAGUUCCCAUCUGCAGAGCGUUUCAAUUAUUUGCUGGACGUUUUGAACAAUGGCUCCUCCAGUGAGGGCAAAUUCAGGCGUAUAAGCACCAAUUACAAUGACCAGGAUAGCCAAGGAAUCAACCUUCCAGAGAGCCCAUUUGCAUCUCCAAUAAGGAGUGGCAUUUCAACUGUUAUGUAGAGAGAGAGAAAAAAGAAAAUAUAAUACAGAGAUGUUACAUAGAGGUAGACUGCAGUCAAAGAUCGUUGAUACAACAGAGAAUUUCUUUUUCGUUUUUAAAUUUACCUGGUCGAUCAGCUUCGUAGCCACUCAUUACCAAACUGAAGGAGGAAAAGUACUUCUCCAUUUUUUCUUCAUGAUGGAGAAGAUUGGAAAGAAGAAAGAAUACAGGAACAACAGGAAAAAAAAAAGAGUAAAAAGAACUAAUAUGUUACAGGUUUCUAAGCUUUUUAUUUUAGUUUUCCUUAUCCAAUUAAUGUAAUCACAAAAAGCAAGCUAGUGAGCUUGUUGGUCUUUAGAAAGAAAAUGUAAUAUAUAGUCUGCUUUCUUUUAGUUAGUAAAAGCUAUGCAGAGUUCAUAUAAAAGUAAGAAAAGUGUAGAGCUCUCUACCAACACUCGGUAACAAAUUCUAAUAAACCUAAUUUAUACAAAA